GACGGACUAUUAGCCUAUACUCUUCUUCCAUACCUAUAAAGCCCGGAGAAGAGAACAUUGUACUCAAACAACAUGCAUUUUCUUCAUGAAAUUACGCUGGUUGCGCUUUUGUUGUCUUGUGUGUAUUCAAAAUCAGUGAAGUUCAAGAAUUGUCCAGGGAGUGGAAGCAUGGUAACAAACGUAGAUGUUGAGCCAUGUCCGUCAGAGCCAUGCCAGAUUAAACGAGGAUCAUUAGUUGCAUUGAAAGUUACAUUCAAAGAAUUAAGCAAUGCAACGGAUGUUAAAUCUAAAGUGUACGGCUACAUAGACCAAAAGAAGAUUCAAUUUCCUCUGGACAACCCCGAUGCAUGCACUAACUGUGGCCUAAAAUGUCCGCUUACCGGUGACACGAGUUACGUCUUCAACUCAACACUUCCAGUUAAAUCAAUCUACCCUGCAAUUGAGCUGGUAGCGGAGUGGCAACUUGUUGACAACAAUUCGAAAGAACAGUUCUGCUUCCAAGUUCCUCUUAAAAUUGUCUAAAUUUUUCAAAAAGGAACUUCAGAUUUUAUUUUGAUAAUGAAUUAAAUCUGAAAGUUAUUAAUAAUUUAACAUGAAAUGUGUAUUAACUGGGCCAUCUUUAUCUCUUUAUGCCACCGCAGUUUUUGUAAACUGUAGGGUAAGGGCCUCCCAAACUGGGCUUCAUUUGAUCUUGGUCUCAUUAAAAGACGUUCAUUUUUCUACGUAACAGAAAGAGAAUGAACUGUAGUUCUUGCAGCUAAAAUUAUGAUCAUGGUCUCUGAUAAUCAGAUUAUAAAUAUGAAAUAAAAGCAACUGACUGUAUUAGCAAAAUAAUUUAAAGAACUAAGGAUAAUACUGUACUUUUUUUUAAAAGUAAAAUAAUAACAGUUUGUUGCACAGCAGACGUUGUAAUUUUUUUCAUACAGAUUUUUUUGUUUCCAUAAAGAUGUGAUAUAUUUUUGUCACUAAUAAACAAGAUGUUGACGCCAAUCAAA